AUGUUGGGUAUAAUAUUAGUAGUUCACACAUCGGUUGGUGGUGAUAAAUUAGUAUUUAGAUAUCCAACAGUAAGUAGGAGUAGAGUUUCCGAUGAAACGUUAAGUGAUUUUAAACAACAACAUCCUCUAACUACAUUAAAUCCAAAUCAACCAACAUUUACUAAAGGUUCAUCAAAUUUAGAUUCAACUGAAAAUAAUCAACAAGAUCAAUCAACUAAUAAUGGUUCAACAAAAGAUAAAAACAUUAUAUAUAAUUUACCUUCUGUAGUUAUAACACCAAUACUUACUCCAAAACAAAGAUUAUGUGAUCAAUCAUUUGAAUUAACUAUUGAAAAUACAACUUUUAUCGGUCAUCCUACAAAUUUAACUAAUAAUGAUGAUGACGAUGAUGAUGAACAUGAUAACAACAACAAUAACAAUAAUAAUAAUAAUAAUAAUAAUAAUAAUAAUAAUAAUAAUAAUAAUAAUAAUAAUAAUAAUAAUAAUAAUAAUAAUAAUAAUAAUAAUAAUAAUAAUAAUAAUAAUAAUAAUAAAACUAACAAUAAUAAUAGUGAUAAAAAAGAAAAAAAAGAAAAUAUUAUUGAUGAGUUUGGUAUUGAUAAAGAAAGAGAAUCAGUAAUAUCAACUAAACAAUCAAAUAAUAUUGACAACGAAAAUAACAAAAGUAGUAAUAAUAAUAAUAAUAAUAAUAAAACGAAUACACAAUGUGAAGAUAGACCAAAAAUUGGUAUACAGCAACAACAACAGCAACAACAGCAACAGCAACAACAACAACAAAAAAAAGAUGAAAAUAAUAAACAACCACAACAACAAAAUCAACAACAAAAUCAACAACAACAACAACAAAAACAACAUCAUCAUCAUGAAGAGAUUACAUUAUUUAAUAUUGUAUUUGUAUUAUCAACUCAAAAUAAAGAUAUUUAUGAUCAAAAGAGAAUUGAUAGUUUUAAAAGGAUAUCAAUGCAAUUAUCAUCAGCAUUAAAACAUGAACAAAUUAGAUGUGAUUAUAUGACGAAACAAGUUCAUGAUAUGUUGGUAUUGAGAGAGAAAUGGUUAACUGAACAAACAUUGGAUAAUUUAGAGAAUAAGCCAGAUCAUCAUACCCUAACAGAACGUAUGAUUGAAAAGAGUAAACUUGCAAGAGAAAUUAGGGAUAUAUUUCAUGGACUAAAUGAAAAGGAGACUGUCAAUCUUAGAAUCAAUGGUUGGAUUAAUUUACAUUUAAAUCUUAACAAUCCAGACACAUACCCGCUCUACCCGAUCAGACCCUACCAUGCACUAUUGGCAUUCUCAAACGACGACUCACCCCAACUACCACUCUACGACACUUCACCGGCUUUAAUUAAACUAUUGGAAGUCGCCAAGCCAACUAAAAACUUUAGAGAUUUACAAUUGGAGACUGACAUACCUCUUACUCAAAUCUACAGAUUAGCAUCACAUUUAGUUCAUUGGAAGAAAGCGAAAAUCAUCAAUAUGAUGACUAGAAAUAACUAUUAUGUACUUCGUUCUGAUAUUCAAGUGAAUUAUUGUCAAUUGAAUAAGAAAUUCUCUCAACAAUUCAAUGAUUUCAAACUGUAUGAUAUCCUAUCAAGAUUCUCAUCUGCUAGACCAUUAUCUGAACAUAUGUCAAAGAUUUUAUCAAAUUAUCAUGCUCAAUUUUUAGCAAUAGUUGGUUGGUUACUUCAACAUGAUUUAAUAGUUCAAUUAUUUACUUAUGUUCAUUUAAUGAUUCAUACAAUUGGUCCAAAUGGUAUUGUUAGUGGUAGUAGUAUUGGUAGUGGUGGUAAUCAAACUCCAAAUAGUUCAAAUAACAAUAAUAAUAAUAAUAAUAAUUCAGUUGCAUCUACAUUAUCAACAAAUUCCUCAAAUUCAUCAUUAGUCGUUCAACCAUCAACUUUCCCAUUAAUGCCAUCACAUUUAUCAUCAAGGGAACAAUCUUUCUUUGAUAAUAUUGAUGAUAAUUCAAGUUAUUAUCAAAUGUUUAAAAGACUUUGUGUUUAUUUUCGUGGUCUUCAUCAUUUAGAAGAGAUCAUGUGGAGAGAAAAUAUCUCUAGAGAUCAAUUAACAAAAGUUUUAAAGAAAUAUAAAAGUGUUUUAAUUCAAGUUGUACAUGAAGGUGAUGAUAUUAUAAAUAGUACAAGUUUAAUAAAAAGAUAA